AUGACGGGGCCGUGCUGCAAUGCUAUUUUGGCUUCUGCAGUUUUUUCCUCUGCUGUCUGUAGCUCGCUGGCCAGUUCUCGUGGACCCUGCCUCAUGGGAGAGGCGGCCGAAGACAUGGAAGAGUUGGGCGGCCGUGCCGAAGGCAGGGCUGAUGGCGGCGGCAACCGUGGCGGCGAGGCACCAGCUGUGCAGGAGAGCUUGGACACGCAGCUCGCCCGCCUGAAACAGGCUAGAAAGGAUCUGAAAGAAUCCAUGAAGAGGGCGACUCGGGCAUUGAAGAGCGCGAAGCAGAAGAAGCAAAGGCUGCUCAAGCAAGCGCGGCGCCUGUCAGAUGCAGAUUUGAGCGAAGUGGUGAGAAUGCGGCUGGGAGGGUGA